AUGGCGCAAAAACUACGCAUUGGCUACGUUCCGGAGCAUUUCUCCACGCCGCUCCACUUCGCGCAUAAGCACUACGGUCUCCAGGCCGAUCUGGUGCCAUUCCCGUCCGGCACCGGCCACAUGAUCCAAUCGCUACAGGGCAAGGAAAUCGACGUCGGUAUUGGUCUUACCGAGGGCUGGGUUGCUGGUAUUGGGAAAGCGAUUACCGAGAAAGGCGAUGCAAAGGCUGCGGGUUAUCAGUUGGUGGGCACGUAUGUUGAGACGCCGUUGUGCUGGGCGAUCAGCACGGGCACGAAGAGGGAUAUCAAUGGCGUGGAUGGGCUGCGAGGCAGAAAGAUUGGUGUCAGUCGCAUUGGAAGCGGAUCCUACGUGAUGGGCUUUGUGCUGGCCGACCAGCAUGGAUGGCUCUCUCAGUCCAAGCCUGGCCAGCCACCCUUUGAAGUUGUCCCUCUCAACACGUUCGCCAAACUCCGUGAGGCGGUCAAUGACGGCAAUGCUGAUUUCUUCAUGUGGGAGCACUUCACUUCCAAGCGCUACUACGACAACGGCGAGAUCAAGCGGAUUGGCGAAAUAUAUACGCCUUGGCCAAGCUGGCACAUCGUAGCGCGGGAUCCAACUGACACGCGCAUGCAGACGAUGAGCGAUGCCAUCAACAAGGGUGUUCAGCAUUACAAGGAAAACCAGCAGGAGGCGAUCGAAUACAUCUCGACCGAACUGGACUACUCAGCAGAGGAUGCCAAGGAAUGGACCAAGACGGUCAGGUUCGCCGAGGAAGUGAGGGGCGUCAAUCCGGCAGUGGUAGAGAAGACGAUUGAUAUCCUGAGCAAAGCCGGGGUCCUGGAUGCUGGAAAAUGCGGCGUGGAGGAUAUGGUCGCGAUCAAACGUGAAGAAAGGGCGAAAUAA